GAAGCUCACUCGAAAGCUGGCUCAUGGCCAAACAAAACCUCAGGAGCUUUUCCGAAGGUGUUUGUGCCGUAUACGCACCUUACCUUCUAGACUUCUGAUGGUUGGUGCCGGCAUGGCAUUCUCCUCUGUACCUAACAAGUGGUAUACGUCGUUUGUGACGAUGGUUAUGCUUCUUGCUUCGCGAUCUUGGUUCGAUUUUUGCUAGUGAGUAGCCGCCGAUAUCGAGGGUAGUAAGUGUGUAUCCCGUACCCAGCAGUGGCAUCCAUCCACCGAUAUUUCUGUAGGUAUAUAUAUUGAGUCCCUUUCUGUAUACACUGCCAGUAUGCACCUCUUCAGAACUUUAUAUCAGCUUCAACUUCUCAAUAAGAAUACUUUCCUUCGAUACCAUACCCGUAUCCCUUCACUACUUCAACAUGUCUCCUCGCGCAGUGCACUUCAUCCGUCAUGCCGAAGGCUACCACAAUUCGGAACACAAUGAGAAUAUCCCCGACCCAGACCUCACUCCAAAGGGCAAAGAACAAUGCAAAAAGCUUUCACAAACAUUCCCUUACUUUGAUCGCAUCGACUUAGUUUGCGCGAGUCCUAUUCGCCGCGCUAUCCAGACCGCACUUAUCAGCAUGGACCCUUGGUUGCAGUCUGGAAAACGCAAUAUUCUAGCUCUACCCUUAGCCCAAGAAGCCACGGACCUGCCUGCGAACACACCAAGCGACGUGCAGCGCCUUCAGAAAGAAUUCGGCGAUGUGUGCAAUUUUCACAGGUGUUUAGACGUCUACACCGAUUUUAACACGAAGAAGGGGAAGUGGGCGUCAGACGGUGAUUCGUUAAAAGCACGCGCGCUUGAACUUCGCCGCUUCCUACGCGACUGCGACGAGCAGGAAAUUGUCGUUGUAUCGCACGGUGAUUUCCUACAUUAUGUUUCCGGGGAUCUGGAUGAGAAUGAUUGUCAGACUCAUGGAGAUUGGCAGAACACGGAGACGAGGAGUUACCGAUUCUACCCGGUCGGUCACGAGGAUGCGUUAUUGCAGGAGACGGAGGAGAGUGUGAAGUUGAGGCACGCAAGUGGACCUGGGCAAGCGAUGGGAUCUGGCGAGAGUAAGACACCGUGAGAUAGGGUGAUUGGAAGUGCUGGAUGGUAGAAUAGCGAUUCUACUAUGAUUUUCGAUCUUCUGCGAAGUUGAGUAUGGAUAGUAAUUACGAGUCAAGAACAGCAAUAUUGCAAAUUAUUCCAUGACUUGCGAAUUGGUGAAAGU